AUAUAAACUAGUCAUCCGUAACUUGUGUUUUUUAAAUAAUGAACUUUAUGUGUCAACCUGUAUUUAUAAGACUGAAGACGGACCAAGAAGAGCUUCUGGACCUCUCUAAAGCUUUCCCGCAUGUACCUCUAAAAACUGAAUUUUAGAGAACAUGAAGGGUAGACUGUUAAGUAUUUAGUUAGCAAUCUUAAAAAUAUGCCCCCUUGCACUGAAAAAACUUAACAAAUGACUUGCAGAAAGAGAACUUCUAUUCUCAUGAUGUACUCAAACCAAAGCAGGAAAAGAAAUGGAAUAAAAUCAAAACAAAGGCUUACUACUAAUACUUACACUGCCAGAUGGCCUCUUGAGUGAUACUUGCAUGGAUGUAGGAAUGAAAAACUUUAUUACAGGAAACCUUCAUUUUCAAAAAAUUGUGCAGCUUCCUCCUCCUAAACCAAGACCAGAACAGGAACUUAAAUAUGUGUUUGUUCUUGUGAAGCAUGCCAUGGCAGUGCCUGAGUAUGAUAAAGAAAAGACUUUCCCAGGAGACAAAAACUAUCAAAAACAUUGGGUUAAAGACAGUCCUACGACACACGGACGAGCACUAAUGUUAAUGAUUGGAAGGUCUUUAAAUACGAGAUAUAAACGCUUCAUUAAAAACCAUGUACCGAAUUGGGAAGGAAUAAAGGUUUCAUGCAUAAACAAAGAUUAUGUAAAAACAUUGACAGGUGAUAUGGUAUAUGGUCUUCUUAAACAGUCAAAAUUCUUGAAUGAGCUGAAAACUGAUUUGUCCUGGGUGGAGACGCAAGAAGAUUUUGACAAAAUACAAAAAAUACUGAGCUCUGGCAAAUGCAGAUGGAUGAAUUUCUUAAAGGAACAGUUUUACGAAGAUGACCAAGUUGGCCCCAAACAUUUCACAAGGUGUUCUGAGGGUUUGUACACUCUGCUACAGGGGUUCAUAAAAAACGAAGACAAUCUAUCAGAGAACGAAGAAGGUUUUGAGUGGGUGAUGAAUAACCCGGAGCAGAUCUACAAACUGUGGUCAAUGCUUGUGUUUCAGAUAUUACAAGGUCAAAAGGAGCCGGAGUGGGCAAAAGAUAACUGGACAUGGAUACAGAGUUGUGUGUUUGAAAAUUACAGAAAAUUUCUAACUUAUCACCCAGCGAUACCUGCCAUGUUAUCAGGCAGGAUGAUUCAGCAGAUGGAGGAGGAGACAAGCAUAGACAGACAAGUCUUGUUCCAUGUUCACGUAACCUCUGACAUUGCGCUAUUGAACAUGAACUGGACACUACCCUUCACCACACAUUCACACUGGCCAGACCCUGGGGAUGCUUUGAUAUAUGAGUUCUACACUGAAGACAAGGUUGAAGUAUGGUCUUUUUCUGGUUGGCUGAGAAAUUUUGACCCUAUUUUAUCAACGACCAGAGAGGAGUUUUUUCAGCAUUAUAAAAACAGACACAUUUAUUUCGAUGAAGAGCAAUGGAACAGCCUUUGUGAUUAUGACAAAGAAAACAAUCCCACAAGUCUUCCUAAUAUCCUGCUCACUGAUCCUACUAUAAAAGAUGAAAAACUGUUGUUGGAUUAUAGAGAGACAUAUGGAUACAAAGAAAUCUGAACAUACCUGAAGAAUCCUUAAACUACAUGUUCAAAGGCUCUCUAAGCAAUAAAGUGUUCCUUAAUGCUUAAAGUGUGUUUAACCCAAUGGCCUAACAAUUGUUUAUAACUUGAGUACCGAUUUCAUAAUAAAAUAAACUACUGUAUAUCGAAUUGGCCUGCUAGAAAUACCUACAUUGACAAAUUAUAACUUUUUUU